AUGGCGUCUGAGGUGGUGUGUGGACUGAUCUUCAGACUGCUGCUGCCCUUCUGCUUAGCGGCAGCAUGCUUCUUCAGGUACAACUGGCUGUCCUUUGUCUACCUCAUCUACCUCCUCCUCAUCCCGCUGUUCCCCGAGCCCUCCAUCACAACCAUGCAGAGCCACACAGGACGGUUGCUGAAGUCGCUGUGUUUAACCAGUAUGAUUUUCCUCCUGUUCCACAUCAUCUACCAGAUCACGGUCAACAGCCUGCUAGCCAGGAAUAACAUCGAUCCCGGGUUUAACUGUUCAGGUUGGGAGAAAUCUAUACGACAGAUUGGAUUUGAGAGCGUCAUAGGGGCAGAUGUAGGAAAUGGCAUCCGGGUGUUUUUACCAGACAUCGGCAUGUUCAUGGCAGGCCUGGGCACCUGGCUGGUAUGUCGGAGUCUGGAGAAGAAGAGACCAGUUGAGGAAAUGGCACAGUACAACCAGGACUUUGAUGCAGAAGAACAGGAGAAGAGUGAGGAGAACAGAAUCCCCGAUGAGGAAGAAGGUGAGGAGAUGUUGUACGAUGAGGACUUUGAUGCUGAAGACGAAGCAGAAGAAGACGGUGAGGGUCUGGUAGAGGAAGAAGAGGAGGAGGACGAGGAGGAAGAGGAGGAGGAGGUGAAGGAGAGCGCUAAGAUGAGGGUCCUGCGCAUAAUUGCGGGAGUGGCGUCUAAAGUAAAAGAUAUCAUCGGUAAUCUCAUCACUACAGCCGGGAAGGUGGUGGUGACUAUCCUGCUGGGCAUGACGGGUAUGAUGUUGCCCUCUCUGACCUCAGCCGUUUACUUCUUCAUCUUCCUUGCGCUGUGCACAUGGUGGUCUUUCUGCCAGACCUUCGACACACUCCUCUUCAGUUGCCUGUGUGUGAUGAUGUCUAUCUUCUGUGCCGGGCACCUCAUCGUUCUCUACCUCUAUCAGUUCCAGUUCCUGCAGGACAGCAUCCCGGCUGAAGACAGCUACAUCAGAUUGUUUGGCAUCUCCCCUAUAAUCAGGACAGACUGCUCCUCUACAUGGAAGUUAAUUGUCUACCCUGAUCUCAACUGGCAUCAUUUUGUCAAUCCUAUCAUGCUUUUGGUGCUAUACUAUACCCUGGCUACGCUGAUUCGGCUUUGGUUGCAAGAUCCAACAAUAACAGAGAAUGAGGAAGAGGGGGUAAAUGAAGAAAACAUGCCCCCCACAGCAGAAAAAAGGAGGCAACUAUGGUGGCAGACACGGCAAAAGACUGAAGAGAAAAAUCUUUUGUCCACUCAGGAUGCUUACAGCACCACUGAGGCAGUAUUGGUGAACUCCAAUGGGACGUCUUUUGGUUAUGUCCCCACCCGAAAUGCAGAGAAUGGACCAGUCAGCUUGGAUCUCUUCUCAUCCAUCCCUAAGUAUAAGGUGGAUCAAUCCAAUAAUAUAGAGGAACAAAAGGACGGAGAGGUGUAUGAGGUAGUGGAGAUGCCACCAGAGGAGGAAGAAGAGACAAAGGAGAGUGAAGAAAAAGAGCAGACCGCAGCUCCCACCGGUCUUGUCAAAGUCUUCCGUUUCAUUAUGAAACAGAGUUACGUCUGCGCUCUUAUCGCUAUGAUGGCCUGGAGCAUUACAUAUGUGAGCUGGCUGACAUUUGUCUUCCUCAUGUGGUCUUGCACUCUGUGGAUGGUGCGAGACAGGAGAAAGUAUGCCAUGCUCACGUCACCCUUUAUGGUGGCAUAUGGGAAUCUGGUAAUUGUUCUGCAGUACAUCUGGAGUUUUGAAUCUAUGAAUUCUGUCCCCGGUCUCUUCCUCAAGCCCACCGUACCUUUCACUGAACUUUGCUCCAAGGUACUGUGUUUGCUGAGUUUCUGGCUACUUCUGCGACAGACCCUGACCGAAAGGCAGGAAAAACUACAAGAGGAAGCUCCGCUUUCUGAAGUUUCAGUCGAUGCAGAAAAAAGGGAGGUGGAGAAGCCAGAGGAAGAGGAAAGUGGCGAGACUGACCUGGUGCACAUGGUGGGAAAUCUGGUGAUGGCCAUGCUGGUGAAGUACUGGAUUUACAUUUGCAGUGGCAUGUUCUUCUUUGUGAGCUUCGAAGGACGUAUCGUCAUGUACAAAAUCAUCUACAUGAUGCUGUUCCUCUUCUGUGUGGCCCUCUAUCAGGUGCAUUAUGACUAUUGGAGACGGAUUCUAAAAUAUUUCUGGAUGUCAGUCGUGGUGUACACCAUGCUGGUACUCACCCUCAUCUACACAUGCCAGUUUGACAACUCCAUCAAUAUCUGGUCCAACAUGACGGGGAUGAGUGAGGAAAAAUUAAAGGAUCUGGGCCUAGAAAGAUUUUCCGUGGGUAUACUGUUUACACGCAUCUUCAUUCCUACUUCCUUUCUACUGGUCUGCAUCCUUCACCUGCACUAUUUUCAUGAACACUUUCUUGAGCUCACUGACCUCAAAGCUGUGGUUGCCAAACAGGACAACGCCAUCUACAGACUCGCCCAUCCAGACGGCAGCUUGGCAGAUCUCACAAUGUUAAGCUCCUCUCCUGAACCCCUGGUGGACAAAGAAAAGGAGAUGUUGGUGGUGGAGAGCAUAGCAGAGGAGAAAAAAAAGGAGGAGGACUCCAUUCAGGAUGAGAGUCAGCAUUGUAGCGCAGCUACAGAUCCUGAAAUGCCAUCAGAAGAAACCUCAGAGCUGAAGAAUAAGUGGCAUCUGGUGGUGGACCGUCUAACUGUGCUGUUCUUAAAGUUCCUGGAGUACUUCCAUAAACUGCAGCUCUUUAUCUGGUGGCUGCUUGAGAUGCACGUCAUUAAGAUCGUCUCUUCAUACAUUAUCCUGGUGUCUGUUACUGAGGUGUCUUUGCUGAACUCAGUGUUCCUGGCAUCAUGGGCCUUUGCUCUGCCCUACAAUCAAUUCCGGCAUCUGGCCUCCAGCAUCUGCACUGUAUGGACCUGUGUUAUCAUCAUCUGCAAAAUGUUGUACCAGCUAGAGUCCAUAGACCCAGAAACGUAUUCGAGUAAAUGCACAAUGGUGUGUGAGAAUUUAACAGAGAAGGAGAAGGAAUAUAUGAACCGUUCGCUGCUAUAUGAGCAACCAGUAGACCCUGCAAACUGGGUUGGACUGAAGAAGUUCCCCUCCCUUUUGCCAAAUCUUAGGAAUAACUUGCUGAUGUUGGCCCUCUUGGCAUUCGAGGUCACAAUCUACAGGCAUCAGGAGUUUUUCCGGCUACGUAACAAGCUCGCUCCUCCACCUUUUCGAACCAUUUUCCAUGAAAUUACUCGUCAGCACCUUGAUAACAGCAUCAUCAGCUGUGCCAAAUACUUCAUCAACUACUCCUUCUACAAGUUUGGGGUAGAGGUAUGUUUCCUUUUGGCGGUGAACGUGAUCGGCCAGCGCAUGGACUUCUACUCUAUGCUGCAUGCCGUUGCUCUGGCAGCCGUGAUGUACCGGCGCAGGAGAAAGGCCAUUGCUGAAAUCUGGCCUAAAUAUUGCUGCUUUCUGGCCUGCAUGAUCACCUUUCAGUAUUUUGUCUGUAUAGGCAUCCCACCAGCAGCAUGUAAAGACUACCCUUGGAGAUUCCCUAACUCUUUAACAGAUUCUAAUGUUAUCAAAUGGCUAUACCUGCCCGAUUUCCACACAAGACCAAACUCAAAAUUUCUCAUCUAUGACUUUAUGUUGCUGCUGAGUGCGUCAUUACAGCGGCAGGUGUUUAAUGAGGAGAACAAAGCGGCGGUCCGUCUGAUGGCCGGAGAAAACGUAGAGAUCUGCCGAGAUCUGGAUGCCGCCUCCUUUAGCGUACACAACCCCGUCCCAGACUUUAUACACUGCAGGUCGUAUUUGGACAUGUUGAAGGUGAUCACGUUCAGCUACCUGUUCUGGUUUGUCUUGACCAUUAUCUUCAUCACGGGUACCACACGCAUCAGUAUUUUCUGCAUGGGCUACCUGGUGGCGUGUUUCUACUUCCUGCUGUUUGGCGGAGAGCUGCUACUCAAACCCAUCAAGAAGAUCUUGCACUACUGGGACUUCCUGAUAGCCUACAACGUCUUUGUCAUCACAAUGAAGAACGUCUUUUCUAUUCUUGCCUGUGGCUACAUCAACAAGCUGAAGGUGAGCUGCUGCUGGCUAAUCCAGCUGCUGAGUCUGGCCUGCACCAUCAAAGAAUAUGAGGACCUUCCAGUCUCUAGUAGUGAUUGUGACUUGCCUAGGGACGAGGCAGGUAUUAUCUGGGACAGCAUCUGUUUCAGCUUUUUGUUGCUACAGAGACGUGUCUUCAUGAGCUACUACUUUCUCCACGUUGUGGCCGAUAUACGUGCUGGACAGAUUCUGGCUUCUAGAGGAGCAGAGCUGUUCCAAGCCUCUAUAGUGAAGGCAGUUAGAGCUCGACUGGAGGAGGAGAAUAAAUCCAUGGAGCAGCUCAAGAGACAGAUGGACCGCAUUAAGACUCGGCAGGAGAAGUUUAAAAAGGGGAAGGAGAAGAUGCUGAGCCUAACUCAGGAGUCCACAGAUAGCCAAAACCUAAUUCAGCCUGAUGCUUGUGAAGAGGAUGAUGAUGAUGGAGCAGUGAAAGAGAAAGCCAAGGCCAAAAAAAAGCAGUGGUGGAGGCCUUGGGUUGACCAUGCUUCCAUGGUUAGAAGCGGAGAUUAUUACCUUUUUGAGACUGACAGUGAAGAGGAGGAGGAGGAAGACGACAAAAAAGAUGAUGAACCUCCCAAAAGAUCAGCUUUUCAGCGAGCCAUCGGAAAGUUUGCCUCAGCUGUUCUGGCUUUGCCCAGGUCUAUACUAAAACUGCCCAAAACUAUCCUUCAGUAUCUUAUCAGGGCAGCCAAGUUUGUGUACCAUGCAUGGGUCACAGACUCCAAAACGGCUCUUAAGGAGCGUGGAAAGGGACGGCGGCAAUUCUGGAAAAGAUACGGAAGAGGACGUAGACACAGGAAAGAUAAGGAGGAAGCAGGUCAGGUUGCAAUCGAAAUGGGAGAUGAUGAACAGCAGGGUUCAGAGGAGGAUAAGCAGGACGGACCAGACAACAUUAUUAAAAGGGUUUUCAACAUUAUCAAGUUUACCUGGGUGCUGUUUCUGACCACGCUGGAGAGCCUGACUGUGUGGAUUAACAGCAUCUGUAAGGAAUACAUAGAUAUCUCCACUGUGCUGCGCAUCGAACGCUGCAUGCUUACCAGAGAGGUCAAAAAGGGCAAUGUGCCAUCGCGUGAGAGCAUCCACGUGUACUACCAGAAGCAGAUGCGUCUGAACGUGUCACGUGAGUCCGGAUUGGAUCAGAUCAGCGAGGAGGAUUCAAUUUCAGGCUCUCAGAAACCUCGGCGAAGACGCAGGGGAUAUACGUUAGAGAGCCAGGACUCUGUGGCAUCCCGAGAUAGCAUGUCUAGCGCAUACACCGAGGCUACCAUGCUCUUUUCUCGUGAAUCCACGCUGGACAACCUGGACGAAGUGUCUCAACAUGUGCCCAAAACCAGCGAACGUGCUCGGCCAAAGCUGCGCAAAAUGUACAGCAUGGACAUGUCCAACUCCAGUGCAGACAGUGGCAGCAGCAACAUUUCCAGCGAGGCCACGCAGUGCAUCACUUUAUUUUCAAGACAAGGUACUAAUGACACCAUCGAUGAGGUGGAGGACGAGCAGGAUCAACUACAUCACCAUGACGAAAGACCUGAACAUGUCGAGGAAGACGAGAAAGCCCCCUGGAGCUCUAUUGAGCCUGAAUCAGAGCAGGAACAUGGAGAAGAAAUGGAGCCUGAUGAGGAAAACCUUGGAGAAAGAGAAUGGGCACCUGAAGAUAAUGAGGAAGAGGACCAAGACAGGCAGGGAAAUUAUGCUGAAGCUCAGAGUCCGCGGAGAGAAGACGGUGAAUCCUCAGGACCAGAACACGUGCCAGCAGAAAGGCCGCGCAGCCAGCUUUUCACCCCAGAUACGGACGUUCCGAACACGUCGGAUGCAGAUGUCCCUCCCAGCUAUAGCAAAGCAGUGAGCUUUGAUCGUCUCUCAGUCGACUCACAGGAGAGUGACGAGGAUAAGCAGCUCAUGCUAAUGACCUCAGACAGCAGAUCAGACUUGCUGUCGGACGAUGCACUGCUGCCAUCGCAAACCACCGAGCUCACAGCUAGUGAACUGCUGCUUAACAAAAUGUUUUUUGACGAGGAGCUGGAUGGGUCGGAACGCUUCUACAAAUCGCAGCCGCUGGGUCUGCAGCUAUGCUACGCCCUCUACAAUCUGUUAGUGGCGCACUCAGAAAUGGUUUGCUACCUAGUCAUCAUCCUCAACCACAUGAUUUCAGCCUCCAUGGCCACGCUGGUGCUACCUGUCCUAAUCUUCCUGUGGGCCAUGCUGUCUGUUCCACGACCCAGCAAACGCUUCUGGAUGACGGCCAUCAUUUACACAGAGGUUACCAUCGUCAUCAAAUACUUCUUCCAGUUCAGCUUUUUCCCCUUCAAUCAGAAUCUGGAAGUGGACAAAAAGAAGCCCUAUCACCCACCAAACAUCAUUGGAGUGGAGAAAAAAGAUGGUUAUGUUCAUUAUGACCUCGUUCAGCUGCUUGCUCUCUUCUUCCAUCGCUCAAUCCUCAAGUGCCAUGGUUUGUGGGAUGAGGACGACCCCAAAGAGACAAAAAAAGACACCUCACAUCAUUGCGAUGAAUCUGAAGAUGAAGAAAGAAUGGUACCAGUGAGACCAGCAGAGACAAAAAAGAAAGGCUCACCCCCUCGCUCUAUGAAAUUCAACUUAGGAAGUUCGACGGACUUCGAAUCCACACAGCUUGUCCAGGUGCGCCAACCUGAGCAGCGCACUUACCAGCGGCGCAAGAGCUCCAGCGGAGGCUCGUAUAUCUCACGGCACUCAUCCCAGCGCUCCAAGAGAGGCAGCACGAGCACAAGGAACAGCAGCCGCAGAGGAAGCGGCGAGGUCGGAGUAGAACCCAAGACACGCAAGGAGCUCAUCAUGGAGAAGGUCAGAGAGCAGCUCAUUAAAGCCAGGAUAUUCCUCCUCAAAAAAGGAAGAGAGAUCUACCUCCCUAUUCGUCAGUUCUUCUAUAACCUCAUCCAUCCUGAGUACAGCGCAGUGACCGACGUCUAUGUGCUCAUGUUCCUGGCAGACACCGUUGACUUUAUCAUCAUCGUGUUCGGCUUCUGGGCUUUUGGGAAACACCAAGGAGGAGCAGACAUUACAUCCUCUCUGUCUGAAGAUCAGGUCCCAGGUCCAUUCCUUGUUAUGGUGUUAAUCCAGUUUGGCACCAUGGUAGUAGACCGAGCCUUGUACCUGCGUAAAACUGUCAUGGGCAAAGUGAUUUUUCAGGUCAUCCUGGUGUUUGGUAUCCACUUCUGGAUGUUUUUCAUCCUGCCAGGAAUAACAGAAAGGCGUUUCAGCCAGAACACAGUGGCCCAGCUAUGGUACUUCGUGAAGUGUAUUUACUUCGGUCUCUCAGCUUAUCAGAUCCGCUGUGGUUACCCUACCCGAGUGCUGGGCAACUUUCUUACCAAGAGCUACAAUUAUGUCAACCUCUUUCUCUUUCAAGGGUUUCGAAUGAUCCCGUUUCUGACCGAGCUGCGCGCUGUAAUGGACUGGGUAUGGACAGACACAACGCUUAGCUUGUCUAGCUGGAUUUGUGUGGAGGAUAUCUAUGCACACAUUUUCGUGCUCAAGUGCUGGAGGGAGUCUGAAAAGCGUUACCCUCAGCCUCGGGGUCAAAAGAAGAAGAAGGUGGUAAAGUACGGGAUGGGUGGUAUGAUCGUUAUGCUGCUCAUUUGCAUCGUCUGGUUCCCUCUGCUGUUCAUGUCCCUGGUCAAAUCAGUAGCAGGCGUGGUCAAUACACCUCUGGACGUCUCUGUCAGUCUCACACUCGGAGGCUUCCAGCCAAUCUUCACAAUGAGUGCGCAACAGAAGAACCUGAUAAACGUUACUUCAAAAGAGUUUGAGGAUUUCAAUAAAGCUUAUAGUCAUGAUUCCAUGGCUUUGCAGUUUCUCGAGGCAUAUGUGUAUCAGGACCUCACUAUAGCCCACCUAGAAGGAAGCUCCAACUCGCUGUGGACCAUCAGCCCACCCAGCCGGGAAAACCUGAUCAAAAUAUUGGCCCAGAAUAGUGAAUUCCAUUUAACCAUUGCCUGGUCUGUACAGAGGAACUUCAGUUUAGGAGCGAAAGCAGAGACAGCAACGGGCAAACGCACCAUCGACUUGGAGGAGGACACCAAAAAAAAGCUUGCAGAUCUGUUAAACAACAAAACACAGUCUGUGUUGAUUAAAGACAUUUUUCCGAGAUACCUGCGUGCGCCCAGUGACUCCAACGCGAAACCCAUCGAUCAGCUAAGUGCAGGUUUUGAGAACAUCACCCUGACUCUAGGCCGAGAGAGCAGCACUGAUGGAAUGGUUCAGGAGUGGUGGAUUGUGAACCAGACAAAGCCUGGCAAAAUCAAGGGAAAAACAAAAGACCAGGUAAAGGCUGGACUGGAUCUCUAUAUCUUGAGUGAUCAGGUCAGCCCUCCUAGUCUGGGCUUUCUGGCCGGAUACGGCAUCAUGGGUCUGUACAUGUCCGUGGUGCUGGUGAUCGGCAAGUUUGUGCGCGAGUUCUUCAGCGGAAUCUCGCACACCAUAAUGUUUGAGGAGCUCCCCAACGUGGACCGCAUCCUCAAACUCUGCACCGACAUCUUUCUCGUCCGAGAAACAGGAGAGCUGGACCUGGAGGAAGACCUCUACUCCAAGCUCAUCUUCCUCUACCGCUCGCCGGAGACCAUGAUCAAAUGGACCAGGGAGAAGAACAAGUGAAGUGAAACGUCGUGAAACAUGAACCGUCAUGGACAAGGACAACGUCACGGACAAGGACACUCAGCGCAUGAGGAGUUCUCCAAUGCAGAGAAGCACAAGGCUGGGGUUUUAACGGCUGGACGGGACGCCAGCUGAAAUUGGCAACUAGCUGCAUUUUGCAGUUCUUGUUCUCUCACGUAUACAGUGCUUUAUCGUGUGUAACGUGGGAAUGUAGAGAUCACGGAUCUGUAGCUAAUUGUACAUUAUUAUUAUUAUUAUUAAGGGCUGCGGGCUGAGGGUAAGGGAUAAGAAAGACUUAACUACUUCCCAUCACGCGUCAGUGCAAAAACAACCCUUCACAGCUGGGAGCGCAUGAGCCCAGAGGGCCGUCUAUCCUGAUGAUCGACAGGCUGGUCAACAAAUCCCAGAGUCAGAGAAGCUGAUUUCCAACAGAACUUAUUACCAAGUGCUUUAUUUUCUGAUCAGCAAGAGGCAAACGGCUUCUGGUUGUGCAGAAGUCUGGAGCGACACACAACAGCAAUCACCCGACAAUCUACACUUGCCUUAUUUAGUUUGUACAAAUAAUUGCGUUUUCAUUCAUUCAAUGUCUUUUCUCAGGAACACACACACCGGGCGUUUCCUCAGACGAUGAAACGUCCUCUUUUCCAUUGCGUAUUAGAGCAUCGGACCAGGCGAGAAUCUCAUGUCAUGUGCGAAUCUGUAAAAAUGCGCACUGUGUAAAAUGGUGAAGAAUGAUGAAAGGUACAGUGGUAAAAUGAUUAUGUGAUGCUGAUUAACGAUUAUAUGUGGUUGGUUGAUGGCUAUAGAGCAUGAACUUUUUUGCAACAUGAAAGCAUUGGGAGAUAUUGUGUCUGUCAGAAAGAUAUAGGCCUGUAUGUGAAGAUAAAGAUAAUGAUGCGUUGCUUGUACGGAAGGGGUAAAGCAAUAUAAAAAUUGAUGCAUUUAUUAAAAAACUUUAAUAAAAAUUUAAAAAACGGGGGAAAAAAAAAACAAAAGGGCGGGGAGGUAUACUGGGCUGAUUUGUACAUACAGUUAUCAGUGGGAGCGUGUAUUAUGCACAGGUAAAGGGCUGUCUUUGCUUUUUUUUUCAACAGGCAGCACUUUGCAGUUUACAAUUUUAAAGUUUUCUUCUAAGUUUGAUCUUUUACAUCCCAGUGUUCCUGCCACGCUCACGGAGACACUCGAAGAAUCCUGGGAGAAGAGCAUUAACGAAACCUAAACACCCUCCUCACAUUUCCCAACUAUGCAUUAUUUAAAGCCAUUGUAGCAUGAGAGAAUAGUUACUAUUUAAACAUGAGGUGUUUUCAUUACAUCACAUGUACAUAUGCUUUUACAGGGACAAAGAAAUGUGAAGCUUUAUUAUUCUAGGUUUGCUGUGUAGCACAAUGUUAGGAUGGAAAUGAAGCGCUUAAGAUAAAGCGAUGACCUUCAAAUAAAGCACAUAUCAGAAGGCCACAGUUUUGUUUUUUACUUUUCAUUUGGAAUCUCAAAGUAUAAAAUGUAAAUUUGUUGUUGUUGGUUUAAUAUUAACCAUUUAA